AUGAGUUUUGAAUUGUUACCUAAUGAAAUCCUAUUGGAUGUAUUUAUUUAUUUCAAUGGUGUUGAACUUCUUCGUACAUUUUAUGGUCUCAACUCACGAUUGAAUUUUCUUCUUCAUGAUCGAUUUUUAAGCUGUUCUUUCAAAUUCAAUUCAGUAUCAAAACGUGAUUUCGAUAUGAUAUGUCAACAGUAUCUAUCAUCAAUGGCAGCUUAUAUUAUUACUUUAGAUCUUACUGAUGAUGAAGAAACUCCAACACAAAUUAAACAAUUUCUUUCUUAUAUUCCAUCAUUUGAACAAUUUACUCAAUUACAAUCACUUUCAUUAUUUCAUCUUCGUUCAUAUCCAACAUUGAUGAAAAUUCUUGAAGAAUGUCAUCAUCUUGGUAAUCUUACACAUUUAGGUCUCUUUCAUUGUUAUCAAGAUGAACAAGUUGAUUUUCAAUUAAUACUUAAUCAAAUUUGGAGUCUACCAAAACUUAGGCAUUGUACGAUUGGUAUUGGAAGUACAGGACAAUGUUUGUUUCGUACGCCAACAACAAACUCCUUAUCUCUUGAAUAUGUAUCUAUAGAAAGAAUUCAAGUUAAAUUGGAUCAAAUAAAUCAAUUAUUUGAAUAUACACCUACUCUUAAAUGUCUUUCAAUAUCUGUGCUAUCUUUUAUCGAUAAUGAUUAUACUCCUACUCCUCUUCCAACUUUGACUAAUUUGAAUAUAAGUUCUUGUUUUACAUGUAAUGCUUCGAACAUAGGUAUUUUCUUGCAAAAUACAUCCAAUUUACAUCGUUUGAAUGUUGAUUUAUCGUCUGAAAUCGUUGAUGGUAAUCGAUGGGAGGAAAUUAUUCGUAAUCACUUGCCAAAUCUUCAAAUUUUUCAAUUGAAAAUGAAAGUUACAGUGCCUUUGAGACAAAAUAUACAACAACGAGUCGAUGAGUUAAUUAAUUCAUUUCAAUCUUCAUUCUGGAUCGAUGAACAUCAAUGGUUUGUCCGUUGUCUUACAUCUAAUAGAACGAUUCAUCUAUAUACGUUAUCUAAUUGCUAUGAAGAACAUCUGCCCGUCUCUUAUAAAUCAACAUGUCUAGUGAAUGAUGAACAAGAUUUUUAUAAUAGUAUAAGUAAAAUAAUUUCUCCGACAUUUUUUGAUCAACCGAUUCCAUCAGAUAUUCGUUUGUCUAAAAUUAAUUAUCUUUGUAUAAAUCUUCCUUUAAAUGAUCAAUUCUGGUCAAUUGUUUCAAAUUUCAACCGAUUGAAAUCACUUACAAUACUAUUUCAUAUUAAUACUUUUCAAUCUCAAGUACAAGCAUUACUUGAUCGAGCACCUCAUCUAACUAGACUAACCAUAAAUCAACAUGAAUCAACAUAUUUGCAAACAGCAUUAUUCAAAUAUAGAAAUGUAUCCAUUCGUGAACUCGACUUACGAAAUAUUAAUCAUUAUUUUAAUGAAGAAGAUUGUAUUACAUUGAGUCGUUCACCAUUAGGUAUUCAAUGUGAAAAACUUUCUAUUUUGAUUUAUAAUCGUCAAAGUAUUAUUACUCUUGUCGAGAACAUGCUCAAACUUCGAGCAUUAAAUGUUCGAUGUAAAGAUGAAAAGUAUAUUGAACAAUCAACAUUAGAAGAUAAUGAUGUUGAAUACUUUGAUAACAAUAAAGAUAACUAUAUACAAUGGUUAAAAGAUCAUUUACCAUCAACAUGUACCGUUGUCAGAGAUCCAAAACUUACAUGUAAUAUUCUAAUAUGGAUUUAA